AUGUUGGGGAAAUGCCGAUCCAUUUGCUGUCAUCGGAAAAUGUUGUCCGACGGAGGGUUUCAGUCGAUGUCGGAAGAAAGGGCUGCUGACGAGGGUUGUUGUCGAUUUCGAUGCGAAAACGCAGAAAAGCAGAUUGAAGUCAAGGGACUAGACUGGGGACCAAAGUGGAGACCCGAUUUUACAAUGAGAGGAGGGGCAAAUUUACAAAAAUACUUUGAUUUCGCGGAGCAUUCGUCAGUCCUCGGAGCCCAUAGAGGGGAGCUCCGCCAAACUCAAGAAUUGCCGCGUACGCGUCACCAGUCAAGAAUUUCUGACGGCAAGUGGAGCCACCACAAUGGUCACCAUUGGCCAUGGGAAUGGUCUUUGGCUCAAGGGAGUGGUAGACUCUACUUCAUCUUCAGCUUUGAGACCUCGACUCCCUUGGUCUUAUACACUUGGUCUUAUGCACUUACAUCGCUUUUUAUUUUCUUUCUCUUUUCUUCACACUGCCGCCUCCUCGCUCCAAAUCCUUUGACCGGUUCCAAGAAGCCUCCAUCGCCACCCUCUUUCUUCCCCAUAGCCACUGCCGCCGCCCCCCUCCUUCCCCGCAGUAACGUUUCUAUUUUUUAG